AUUUUGACGUAGUUUUACUUUAGUUUUCCUUAUGUAAUAUUCGAUUUAAACGCUGUUAGAAAUCACCUGGAAAUAUAAUUGUCAUUAUCUGGUUUCUGUAGGACUUAUUUUGUAGGCAGUCAAUUUCUGAUUUCAGGUUAAGCUGCAAUUAUGUUUGGGACGCAGUUAGGACCCUUUCCGUUUGCGUCAAAUACACAAUUUCAGGAAGACGCGAGUUUUCAAACCUCCGCGAUGGACUCAAACAACGGCUCGGGCGACAAUUACGCGGGAGGUAUUGACAAAACUAAAUUAAUUGUCAAUUACAUCCCGCAGUUUGCGACAGAAGAAGAUUUGGCGCAAAUUUUCGCGCCCAUUGGUAACGUUGAAAAUAUUAAAAUCAUGCGCGAUUAUAAAACCGGCUACAGUUACGGCUUCGGUUUCGUCAAAUAUUUCAGAGAGGAAGACGCAGCCAAGGCCAUAAAUGCACUUAAUGGUUUCAAUUUUAGAAAUAAGAGAUUAAAAGUGUCAUAUUCGAGGCCUCCGGGCACCGACAUGAAGGAUUCGAAUCUAUAUAUUACCAACUUGCCGAAAGAAAUUACGGAAGAGGAGGUUGAGAAUCUGUUUAAGGAUUACGGAGAGAUCGUGCAAAGGACCGUCCUCAAAGAUAAACAUACGGGUCUUCCGCGGGGCGUUGCAUUCGUACGGUUUUCAAGAGGCGAGGAGGCCCAAGCAGCUAUAGCGAAUCUCGACGGAAAAAUGCUCGAGAAUGCCAUUCUUCCAUUAAGUGUGAGGGUGGCCGAGGACCACGGCCGCCAGAAGGCGCAGUACCUGGAGGCGUGGCACCCGAUGGCGUUCAACAAUAGGGGCUUCCCGCUUAGACCGAACCUCAUGCCGCCGUUCAGAGAUCCGACGGUGCCCGCCAGAUCCGGUGUCCCCCAGACCCGUCCGAACCGGUUCCCGAUUUUAUCUACCGCGUUGCGAAACCUGGCGGCCGGCGAUGCCCUCUUCCACAACCAGUUUUAUUACUGAAGGAACUCCCCUCCCCCCUUAUCCAUAUCGUCGAGAACGUUGUUUUUUUUUGUUUGUUUCGUUUUGUUUCUUAAUAACACCCCCCACCCCCCUUCCAUUUCACUAUCCGGAAACCCACUCCCGUCCGAGAAGACAAAGUUUCGUUUCGUUUUGUGAUAAACGGAAAUAGUUUUUUUGUUUCACAUUUUUGGGGGAAAUGGUAUCGCGCGGCGGCGGCGGCGGAUGAAUCGCGGGCGAUGGAUAAAGAUCUAUCUGUCAUAUUUGUAUAAUUUUAUAUUUUAAGAAUUGUGAAUAAAAUAUAAUUUGUUGUUUAACGUGUGUAGUGUUUUACUGCAAUUUUGUUCAUCUGUUGACCUCAUCCACACUAUACUACAAUACUUGGCAACCCUCGUUCAUGUUCCAUAAGAAUGACAUAUUUAAGGAAGGCUUUGAAGCGCCAUCUAUUGGAAGAUUCGAGAAACCAAUAGGCUUUCCUGGGUUGUAAAUUCCAAUCCCAGUUGAUUUACUGGGCGAUACGAACUACAGUGUUAAGAAGUCCCGUUGAAGGGUGUGGAAUCACAUUUGUAAAGGUGGAACAUUUUUUUGGCGCGGUU